AUGAGGGAAAUCGUCCAUAUCCAGGCAGGCCAGUGUGGCAACCAGAUCGGUGCCAAGUUCUGGGAGGUGAUCAGUGACGAGCACGGCAUUGAUGCCACUGGGUCUUACAAUGGCGACAGUGACCUGCAGCUGGACAGGAUCAACGUCUACUACAACGAAGCCACUGGGGGCAAAUAUGUACCUCGUGCUAUACUGGUGGAUCUGGAGCCCGGGACUAUGGACUCUGUGAGGUCUGGGCCGUUUGGCCAAGUGUUCAGGCCUGACAACUUUGUGUUUGGUCAAAGCGGAGCGGGAAACAACUGGGCCAAGGGCCACUACACGGAGGGAGCAGAGCUGGUGGAUUCGGUUCUGGACGUGGUCCGUAAGGAGGCGGAGAGCUGCGACUGUCUGCAGGGUUUCCAGCUCACUCACUCCCUGGGCGGAGGCACAGGCUCGGGUAUGGGCACUCUGCUCAUCAGCAAGAUCCGCGAAGAAUACCCUGACCGCAUCAUGAACACGUUCAGCGUGGUGCCUUCUCCCAAAGUGUCGGACACGGUGGUGGAGCCGUACAACGCCACUCUGUCGGUGCACCAGCUGGUGGAGAACACAGACGAGACCUACUGCAUCGACAACGAGGCUCUGUACGACAUCUGCUUCCGGACGCUGAAGCUGACCACGCCCACGUACGGCGACCUAAACCACCUGGUGUCGGCCACCAUGAGCGGAGUUACCACCUGCCUGCGCUUCCCUGGCCAGCUGAAUGCGGACCUGCGCAAGCUAGCGGUGAACAUGGUGCCCUUCCCGCGGCUUCACUUCUUCAUGCCCGGCUUCGCUCCUCUGACCAGCAGGGGGAGCCAGCAGUACAGGGCCCUGACGGUCCCCGAGCUGACGCAGCAGAUGUUCGACUCAAAGAACAUGAUGGCGGCGUGCGACCCGCGUCACGGGCGCUACUUGACGGUGGCGGCCAUCUUCAGAGGGCGCAUGUCCAUGAAGGAGGUGGACGAACAGAUGCUGAACAUUCAGAACAAAAACAGCAGCUACUUUGUGGAGUGGAUCCCCAACAACGUGAAGACGGCGGUGUGUGACAUUCCUCCUCGAGGUCUGAAGAUGUCGGCCACCUUCAUCGGAAACAGCACGGCCAUCCAGGAACUGUUCAAACGCAUCUCAGAACAGUUCACCGCCAUGUUCCGCAGAAAGGCUUUCCUUCACUGGUACACGGGGGAAGGGAUGGACGAGAUGGAAUUCACCGAAGCGGAGAGCAACAUGAACGACCUGGUGUCCGAGUACCAGCAGUACCAGGACGCUACUGCUGAGGAGGAGGGAGAGUUUGAUGAGGAGGGGGAGGAGGAGCUGGCCUGA